AUGGAUGAGCUAGCGACUGUUGCGCUCGCUAACUAUGAUGCUCGGGUGCGCUUUGAAACUCGCGCCGCGGCGGGUGACCCCAGUCGAGCACUAGAACUUCUCGAAAAAGCUGACGCAACCGAUCAAUAG